CCUAGACUUUCCUUGUCUUCGGGACAUCGCCUUGUUCUAACCUGGACUCCGAUAUCUAGUUCCCAUUUCUUCUUUUCACGAAAUCUCUUUACUCAGCAGGCUCACGAGGUUCCCUUGGCUCUCGGGGUUCACGCUGUUGGCCACCACCUCGACCGCCACCUCGGCCCCCUCGCUUGCCUCCCUGUCGGCCACCCUUCUCCUCCGAUUUGCCCUCGCCCUCCUUCUCGUUGCUGGUCAGGUUGGCAACAGCCAACCGCUGGGACAGGUCGAUCUGAGUGCGGAUAGUGUUGGCCAGGUAGCUGACCAUGAGAACGUCUUGAAUGUGGUUGUUGAAAUCAUGCUCGAUCUGCGAAGGAUCAACCUUGGGGGCGAGAGACAGAGCGUUGAGAAGGUACUGGCCAACAGCGUUGUUGGGUUCCUCAUCCUCAUCCAGAACCCCGUUAAUCCACUCACUCGCUCUAUCGAGAAGGCUGAUGGUCUGCUCGAUUGAUCGACCAAGACCCUCAAUGUCAGAGACAAGGGGCGCUGUUCGGGACUCAGCGUCCUUUGCGCUGGCGAUAGCCUCAAGAGCACUUCGGUCGGCAUCGCCGUAGAGAAUCUUGUGGGGGACCUGGAUGAAAAGGCAACUGUCGGCAGCACGCUCAGCGUUCACAGCAACGGGGGCGCUGAUAUAGCAUCGAGAUUGUAUGUCCUCGCCGGGCUCGGUAGAAAUGGUCAUGUGAAUGGCGGGGUGGGGGAAUGUGCCGGUGUCAGGGCUACCGAAGAAGUUCUGGAUGAGGGCGCUGAAGCUGUUGAGCUCAUGAGAGGUGGUGUACCAGCCGAGGAGGGACUCGCCCCUGUUGGCCUUCAGGGUCAAGGCGAGCAUGUUCUUCUGGUACUCGACAUCGACCUCGACCUGGUCCUCCUCCUCAGUAUGGGGGAUAGCGAAGCACGAGCGAACCUCGACUUCAGUGCCAUCUUCAGAUCGGGUACCGACGAGGGCGCCAAUAACUCUGGUGGAUUGCGUAUCUCGGAUGUCUCGUCGAACGGCGUGAUCGAGGAUAGAGAGGACGGCCUGUUGAGCAGAGAACAGAUCAUGUUAGCCAAGGUAUCUUUCCUUUGACGAAUGUCCUAAUCUCGGAAUAGAACACGAAUAGUCAAGCGGAGAGGGGUCAUCGCAAUCGUACCUGAGGCUGGAUGUUGACAGUGAGCGGGGCAAGGUUAGUCUGGAUGCCCACGGUAUUGGGCGCCAAAGGCCUCGCCAGGUGAAUGAAGCUCUCAGAAGCAGCAGCGGCCAUAGUGGGCAACUUUGAAGCUGAAGCUAUUGGGAGAGGAGUGUAGAUGUCUGCGGAGAAAUGGGUGAGCCGGGCCGGGUCGUCUUUGGUCACUCUCGCGAAGCUGUCCUAUAACAAAUUUCGCCGAUUUUGAAGAAUUGCAGGUUUGGCGGGACGCCGCUGGGGUUGUGCGCGCUAAGAUAUGAGAGAUAAGACGGUUCGUGGCGUUUGCGUUGAAAACCCCACCAAGCUGUGGCUUGACAAUGCAAGGCUGAAGGUAGCCUCAUAACUUUUUUUACAAUUUUUGUUUGAUGUCGAUAGGCUCUUCAAAGCAACUAAACCGAACUCUUCACAUUUUAUGACAUUCCACCAAAUUAAAAUCUGCUGGUAAACAGGAUAAUGCCGCCGCGCGGAAGAGGAGGAAACUUUAGAGGUCGUGGUGGUCGUGGCAGAGGAAGAGGUGGUCGAGGAGGUAAAGCGACAAGCCGAUUUGGACCUAAUCGAAGAUUCGACGGAACUCGACUUGCAGACAAUGAUGAGUCCGAAAGCUCAGGGUCAGAGUCGGGAUCUACGCCUGAAGAUACAGUCAUGGAGGACAUCGAUUCAGAGGACGACGACGAUGAACAUACAACAUCGUCAAAGCCAUACAUGGCCCUUCUUCAGAGUUUCAAUAACGAAAGCAGUGCACCAAAUGCAAAACGACGAAAAUUGGACCACAAAAAGUCCACUCAAUCUCAAACUGAAGAAGACUCCUCCGGGGAAGAAUCACACGCAGAUGACCAAGAUGAAGACACCGAAAAAGAUAUCGACCGUUCUGAGGACGAGGCUGAAGAACAAGUCGAGGAGAAAUUGGACGAUGAAGAUGAUUCGGAAGACGAAGAAAACCCAACAGAUCCUUUCGACGUACACUUUGCGCACCCCAAUGACAAUACUGUCUCACAAAGAGUCAAGUCCGUACAAAAGAACGAUUGGGCAACGAAACGAGAAUUACUACACAAUAUGAGAGCAACUAUCUUGUACCCAGGGUCAGAUACAGGGUCUGAAAUACCAAAACCUAUUGCUGGCUUGGAAGGCCUACAACUCAAGCAGAAGCUUAGAGAGACUUCCUCUCGCAAGAUUGGAGACUUCGAUGCCCUUCAGCGCAACUUGGGCCCUUUGAUCUUCAAUUAUAACGAUGUACUGUUUUGUGAUCGCACAGUACAGAACUCAGACUCAUUGCGAGAGUUGGCAUGUCUACAUGCUCUCAACCAUGUCUUCAAAACUCGAGAUCGUGUUAUCAAGAAUAACUACAAAUUGGCCAAGGAGGGCCAAGAUACCGACCUAGAAUUACGAGAUCAAGGCUUUACCCGUCCCAAAGUGCUCUUCCUCUUACCAACACGUAACUCAGCUCUUCGAAUGGUGAACAUGAUCCGUGAUAUCUGUGAGCCAGAUCAGCAAGAGAACCGCAAGCGAUUUGACGAUGGUUAUGUCGACAAAGAGGCUAAGUUUGGCGCCGAUAGACCGGCUGACUUCAAGGAUCUUUUUGAGGGAAGUGAUGAUGACAUGUUCCGUCUGGGCAUGAAGUUCACUCGCAAGACAAUCAAGUACUUUGCGCAAUUCUACAACUCAGACAUACUCUUCGCUAGUCCUCUCGGUCUUCGUAUGGCUAUCGGCUCUGAGGAUGAUAAGAAGCUUGACUUUGACUUCCUGAGCUCUGUUGAGAUGGUCAUUGUUGAUCAAGCGGAUGCACUUCUCAUGCAAAAUUGGGAACACGUCGAAUUCAUCUUUGAACAUAUGAACCUCCAGCCCAAGGAUGCACAUGGUUGUGACUUUAGUCGUGUAAGAAGUUGGUAUUUGGAAGACUGGGCAAAAUAUUUCAGACAGACUAUCAUCAUGUCUGCCUUCAACACCCCCGAGCUGUCCGAGCUUCUCCGACUACACUGUCACAACUGGGCUGGAAAAGUCCGGCUGCAGCCCGAGUAUCCGGGCAUGUUGUCGCAACUCGGUAUCAAGGCGAAGCAAACCUUCUCAAGGUUCCAGUCUAGCUCGGUCGAUAAGGAUCCUGAUGCGCGAUUCGAGUAUUUCACUUCUGCCAUUGUCCCCUCACUUGCCAAGCGGGCAAAGGAUGCUACUGGAACGCUCGUUUUUAUCCCCUCCUAUCUGGACUUUGUCCGAGUGAGGAACUACUUUGCAACGUCAAGUGCGGUCGAAAAUGUCACUUUUGGGGCCAUCUCCGAAUAUGCAGACGUACCAGAAGCCUCGCGGGCGCGGUCACAUUUCCUCAACGGCCGCCAUCGCGUUCUGCUCUACACUGAGCGAGCACAUCAUUUCCGACGAUAUCAAUUCCGUGGUGUGCAGCGAGUCAUAUUCUACGGGUUACCUGACAACCCCAUCUUCUAUACUGAGAUUGCGGGUGGAUAUCUUAGCAAGAGUGAGCAGGACCUCAGACUUGAACCUGGUCAGGGAACUGUCAAGGUUGUGUUUUCAAAGUACGAUGUAAUGAAGUUGGAACGGAUCGUGGGUUCCAAGAGAGUUGGCAAGAUGAUUCAGGAUCGCGGCGAUACCUUUGAAUUCAUCUAAAUGCAUCUUGUAUCAGGGAGCAUGUUUGUAUGUUUGAAAAGUUAGUAGAGCUAGGACAGCGUAUCAAGUCCGCCUUUUCAAAAGCACCGUGGUUAAGCAAAACCAUAAUUGUGUCAUGAUAUAAUAAUUUAUACAGCUUUUGUACAGAGCUUCACCUCUUUCGUAAUAUGAUAUACAUGUCGCUUCUAUGGCGAGUUCUUCUGUUGCGCUGCCUUUCUCACCGACUCCGGUACGAUACCAGCGGCCAUUUCCUUUGCCCGCUCGGCAUUCUUGUCUGCCGCCUUCUCGGCCUCGACUUCAGCCAAACUACUCUCAUCCCGUGAGGGUCCAGUCUUCU